AUGACGUCACCAGUCAAAACUCGGGGAGACCAAAAUAGACGCCGAACGCACACCAGUCGUAGACGCCUUUGUUCACCCCGAGUGCUUCAGCACUGCAGCCACUGCAGCCUCCUCAACCUCAGCGUCUCAGCAACGUCAGGAGGCGAGCGCGGCAGGCGGCGUUCGCUUCCGGCGCAACAUGGCGGAUUGCUAACGCGCGAUCGCACGUCGGUGCGGCAUCCUACCCUUUUUUUUUUUCUCGAAGUUUUCAAGCUGAACGCCAGAGCCAUGCCCGUGAGGACGUCGACGGACCUGGUGCCACCGCCGCCGGCGAAUGCCCAGCAGCCCGGAGUCACGCGAUCGCUGUUGUACAACGGGUCCCGCUUCCACGGCCACCAGAAGAGCAAGGGCAACUGCUACGACGUCGAGGUGGUGCUUCAGCACGUGGAUGAGGCCAACUCGUACCUGUGCGGCUACCUGAAGAUCAAGGGGCUGACGGAGGAGUACCCCACCCUGACCACCUUCUUUGACGGGGAGAUCAUCAGUGGCAAGUACCCGUUCCUCACGCGCAAGUGGGACGCCGACGAAGAGGUGGACAAGAAGCACUGGAGCAAGUUCCUGUCCUUCUACCAGUACGCCAAGACGUUCAAUGCAGACACCUUCAACUACAUGGAGCUGCGGACGACGGACUACGUCUUCAUGCGUUGGAAGGAGCACUUCCUGGUGCCGGACCACACGAUCAAGGACAUCAAUGGGGCGUCCUUUGCGGGCUUCUACUACAUCUGCUUCCAGAAGUCGACGGCCACCAUCGAGGGAUACUACUACCACCGCAGCUCGGAAUGGUACCAGUCUCUGACGCUGACGCACGUGCCCGAGCACAGCAUCCAGAUCUACGAGUUCCGGUGAAAGGGAGCCCAAGCAGACGCAACGUCGCAGACGACGGGCCCCGCGCCCGAGGUUGCCCGACGACGCAGAGCGAGUCCUGCCAAAGAAACGCAAGCGCCCCCGAACCCUCGCCCGCGGACACCGGCCCAGCCUCCGAGGAGUGCGUGCCAUUCGCUGCCGGAGAAAAAAAAGAAAAGGACGGUGCGCGAACACUGUGCGUCAAGACGCACCGCAGCCGGCCAUAUUCUAGUCUUAAUCGCCGUUGCCCGCGGCCCCGGACGGAGUCGGGGCGUUCCUCGUGUGGCGACGGUUGUCGGAAAAGAGGCCCCAUGGCAAACGCCCGGCAGGGGACUACGCUCCGGGAUUGUGUGGGCGGGUUCCGUACGUCAGCUGCGACGCAGGGACGGAGCGGGGCUUUCUUGUACAGUAAUUUAUAUGCGCAAGACUGGGUCGCGUCGACCGGCACGCGGACGGACGCCGGCCAAGGACUGCCCGUCCAAGAAACGGCGAGGAUUGGCUUUCGUGCCCCAAUAAACUAGAUUUGGGAAA